AAUAUUUAUCGAAAUGAAACAGAACUUAUUUUCUCGCCGGUAUUCAAGUCUAAGUUGGCAACAUGUUGGAACUUAUAAAGUGCACAAUGUGAUCUCGUGACAGGGAUUAUUGUUUAUCGCGCUCAUAUGGAUAGGUAAAGCUGUGAAUAAUAGGUAUGCCCGGAACCAUUGAAGAAUGUGUUGUUGUCACCGGUUUUGGGCCUUUUCAAGGCCACGACAUCAAUGCAAGCUGGGAGGCGGUGAAACUUUUGCCAGAACUAGAAUCUGAGGAACAACUUGGAGUGAAACUGAUAGUAAUGAAGCUUCCUGUUGCGUACGAAGAUGUUGUUAAAAUGAUCCCAGCAAUUUGGACAGAACACAAACCAAUGUUAGUUAUCCAUGUUGGUGUAUCUGGUCUGGCAGACAAAAUAACUCUUGAGAAAGUGGCACACAGAUCAGGAUACAAAAAAGCUGACAUUUUUGGGCAGCUACCAGCAGAAGGCGAAUGUUGUCUUGGUUGCAGUGAUGAAGCUUGUUCCUCAUUGGAUGUUGAGCAGAUAUGCUGUAAACUGAAUGAAAGCGAAUGUGGACUUACUUCUUCAGUUUCAUCAAAUGCAGGAAGGUAUCUGUGCGAGUUCACGUACUAUUCCUCAUUAAGUAUUGAUAAUUCUCGAACACUCUUUAUUCAUGUACCUGAUUUAAAUAAGCCUUACUCAGCACUAGAACUUGCCAGAGGAAUAAAACAAAUAAUAAGUAUCAUUCUUAAUGACAUACGUGGCACAGACCAAACCACAAAUCAUCUGUAGAUGGUACAUUCAAAAUUCAGAGCAUCAUUUUAAGUAACCAAGGAUGUUUAAGCAUAAUGAGAUCAUCAUCACAUUGAACCUAAAUUAUAUCUACGGUUGCUGGAAUGAUCAGUAGAUGCAAAGGGGUUAUUCAUUCCAAGAUCUGAUGCCCACAUUCUGUUAAGAGAAUGGAUAUUCAUUUAUGAACAAUUACUGAUAUCUAAAAAAAAUAUAUUUGGUGGGACUUCACAUAUCACAAAGGUAG